ACCUGCAUAUACAUGUGCUGUGUCAAAGUUUUUGACUAGAAAAUUAUUCUUCCUAUGAAUCUUUGAAAAUUCAGAACUGGAUUAUGAGAAACAGAUCGAAGUCUAUAAAUAUCAUAUUCUUGAAGAACAAAUGCACUUCCUUUCAGUACUCUCUCAUUCUCAAAGCUCUUAAAACAUAGAACUUCUCUAUCUACAUAUAUCUAUCUCCCUUUUUCUUAAUCUAUCACUUUCCUUUUCGCAUUACAAUCUCACAUCAUGGAAAGUCCAAAAACGCCCCUACAACCUCCAACUUACGGUAACCUAAUAACUGUUCUGAGCAUUGAUGGAGGUGGGAUUAGAGGCAUUAUCCCAGCAACUAUCAUUACCUUCUUAGAGUCCGAGCUUCAGAAACUGGACGGCGAGGAAGCAAGACUUGCAGAUUAUUUUGAUGUAAUUGCAGGGACUAGCACUGGCGGCCUCGUGACCGCCAUGCUAACAACCCCAAAUGAGCAGAACCGCCCUCUAUUUGCAGCCAAGGAUAUCAAGGACUUCUAUCUAACUCACUGCCCUAAAAUUUUUCCUCAAGAUAGUUGUCCCUUUGCUCCUGCUACAAAGCUGCUCAAAUCUUUAACUGGACCAAAAUAUGAUGGUAAAUAUCUACAUAAUCUCGUGAAGGAGAAGUUAGGGGAUAAAAGACUGCACCAGACGUUGACAAAUGUUGUGAUUCCAACUUUUGACAUCAGGAAACUCCAACCAACCAUCUUCUCUAGCUAUGAGGUGGCUAAAAAUCCAAGUAUUAAUGCCUUACUUUCGGAUAUCUGCAUUGGGACAUCAGCUGCCCCAACCUAUCUCCCAGCACAUUACUUCGAAACCAAAGAUUCAACAGGGAAAGUGAGAGAAUUUGAUCUCAUUGAUGGUGGUGUAGCUGCUAAUAAUCCGACUUUAGUUGCAAUCAGUGAAGUGACCAAAGAAAUCACCCGGGGGAGCUCAGACUUCUUUCCUAUAAAGCCAACGGACUAUGGUCGGUUUCUGGUUAUAUCAAUAGGGACUGGCUCACCAAAGACCGAGGAGAAGUACGAUGCCCUUAAAGCGGCUAAGUGGGGAAUUUUAGGGUGGUUAACAAGUGAAAGUUCCACUCCAUUAAUCGAUGUAUUUACCCAAUCCAGCGGCGACAUGGUUGAUUUUCACAUUUCUACAGUUUUUAAAGCCCUUCAUUCUGAAGAAAAUUAUCUACGAAUUCAGGAUGAUACUCUAAUUGGAGACGAGUCUUCAGUGGAUAUUGCCACCAAAUCAAACUUGGAGAAUCUUGUAAAAAUUGGUGAAAGACUGUUGAAGAAACCAAUUAUAAAGGUGAAUCUGGAGACAGGAGUCUGUGUGCCUUCUACUUGGGGCACAAAUGAAAAGGCUCUCAAAAGAGUAGCAGAAGUACUUUCAAAGGAAAAGCGAACUCGUGACAUGAGAUCACCACAUGGCCCAAGGGGUGCAACCCGGAAAUAUUGAACAAUAGUGUGAAACAAAUAAUAAUUAUGUUCAUUUUUUUAAUCGUUGCCUAAGGCUGAUUAUUGUCCUUGUUACUAAUUAUUCUUUUUCAUCCGAUUUAAUAUGAAAUUCGUUCCAUCAGU